GCCUUCCCCACCAUUGCAAAGCAGGGGGGGAGGGAGCAAACCCCCUCCACCCCCCCCCCCCCCCCAGGCUCUGCAAGCUGCCCUGCAAAGUGUGCAAUUGCACGGCCCCCCCCACCUCCCCACAACCCCCUCGCCCCCCUUCCCCCGUCCUUUCCCCCCCUUUCUUUUCCCCCCUGCAAAGGAGAGCCCGCUGCAGCGAGUCAGGACAACUCCAGUUGCACGAAGAUUGGAGCGCUUGCAGUUUGCAUCUUUGUUGCAAAACUAGCUCCAGAGGAGAGGCAAGGCAAAGUCUUUUGUGCUCCCCUCCCCCAGCAAAGCAAAGGGGAAAAAUGUCUCAGUCGCGAGGCAAGAAGAGAAACCCUGGGCUGAAAAUUCCUAAAGAAGCAUUUGAGCAACCACAGACAAGCUCCACGCCACCCAGAGAUCUGGACUCCAAAGCCUGUAUCUCUAUUGGUGAGGAGAACUUUGAGGUGAAAGCUGAUGAUCUGGAGCCCAUCUCCGAGCUGGGACGAGGUGCCUACGGGGUGGUGGAGAAGAUGCGGCACAUGCCGAGUGGGCAGAUCAUGGCAGUGAAGCGGAUCCGAGCCACGGUGAACAGUCAGGAGCAGAAGAGGUUAUUGAUGGAUCUGGAUAUCUCCAUGAGGACAGUAGAUUGCCCCUUCACUGUCACCUUUUAUGGGGCACUUUUCCGAGAGGGAGACGUGUGGAUUUGCAUGGAGCUGAUGGAUACCUCACUGGACAAGUUCUACAAACAUGUCAUCGACAAAGGCCUGACAAUUCCUGAGGACAUCUUAGGAAAAAUAGCUGUCUCUAUCGUAAAAGCACUAGAACAUCUACACAGUAAGCUCUCCGUGAUCCACAGAGAUGUAAAGCCCUCUAACGUGUUGAUCAAUACGCAGGGGCAGGUGAAAAUGUGCGAUUUUGGGAUUAGCGGUUACCUCGUUGACUCGGUUGCUAAAACCAUGGACGCAGGAUGCAAACCCUACAUGGCUCCUGAAAGAAUUAACCCGGAGCUGAACCAGAAGGGGUACAGCGUCAAAUCUGACAUCUGGAGCCUGGGGAUCACAAUGAUCGAGCUGGCCAUCCUGCGCUUUCCCUACGACUCCUGGGGGACACCCUUCCAGCAGCUCAAGCAGGUGGUGGAGGAGCCAUCGCCGCAGCUCCCGGCAGAGAAGUUCUCGGCGGAGUUCGUCGAUUUUACCUCGCAAUGCUUGAAGAAGAAUUCCAAAGAGCGGCCAACAUACCCAGAGCUUAUGCAACAUCCUUUCUUCACCCUGCACGAAUCCAAAGAGACAGACGUCGCCUCUUUUGUCAAACUCAUCCUGGGAGACUGAGAACUGGACUUAUAAAUGAAUUGCCCUUCUGUGGACUGGUGGGUGCAGGGGAGAGGCGCGUGGCAGGACUUGUCGUGGAGGCACCAACAGAAAGUCGCCGUGUUUUGUUUUGUUCUGGUUUUAUUCUGAGACACCCCCACCUCGCCCAAGGUUUUAAAAGGGUUCUUUGGUAUCCAUAGUGACAUAGAACGAGAUGGUUAGUGAAAUGAAUUUUAAUAAGGUUGAUAACCUUAAAGCAAAAACAAAGCAGCAGCAACAACAACAACAAAUUAAGAGGAUGAUUUACAUAUUUAAUGACAGUCAAAGUCCUUCUUCCUAACUUUCUCCUCAUCCCCCUUCCCUUCUCCCCGAACCAGAAUUUGCUUUGUCAUGGUAAUAGGUGCUAUGGUAGUCAUGAAGUUGUAUGUAGAUUUAUAUUUUGUCCCUUCCAUUAUUUUAUUAUUUAUGUUAAGUGCUUGAUGGAAUAGAUUUCUGUUUUAUAUGAGGAUGGAUGCGUGGUGACGAUGGUGAUGCUAAACGAGGCCACAGCAAGCAAUAGUCGUAGGGCUUUGCUGGGGAAAAGGUGUCAAAGGAAAAGAGAAAGAAGAGAAUUGUCUGUGUUGUGGAAAAAUAUUUAAUGUGCAUCGUAAAAAGAAUUUAUAAACAGGAAUCUCAGCUCAGCUACUCGAGCUGCUCACGCAGCAUCACUGUAAGGGGGGGAGGCCCCAGUGUCCAGAGAGGUCAGAUCUCCAGGCACUGUGCUCCGAGCCUGGCCGGUGUGUCCCAGGCAGCCUGGUGCGCUGCCAGCCUCCUGCCUGGGGAAAACCCCUGCCCUACCUCCCACACACUUACUCUGCUCUCCUGGGCAGGUCUGGAGUGGGAAGACAUUGCUGGGAUAGUGUCUGGGAUGGAAGUCCCAGAAGGGAGUAGAUUGUUAGAUGAGUUGCACAAAGAUCAGGAGGAGGCUGCAGUAGUCAGUCCCCGCCUGCCUGCAAGCCCAGCAGCGUUGCAGUGCCUGGGGUUCCCUUGGGCUGGGGAUGAGCUGCUUUGGGCCUAAAAGGUAGUUCCUCUCUCCUUCUCCAUAUUAGAAAGGAUAACAGUAUGCAUAGCAUGACAUCUUAGAAAUACGGGAUAUCUCAGUGCAAGUUUCCAGGGCGCUUGGCGCUGUGUCGGCAGCAAUCCCUCUGUGCUUGCCCACAGGCUUUGGGAGUGCCAGCCAGCUCCCCUGCAGCCUGUGCCAGCGUGCCAUCUAGGCCAUACCUAGCUCUAAUUGGGAUGCUGAAGGCAGCCAGGAGCACUGGGCACCAGCAUGGGCUGGAAAUGUCCUCCAGGAGAGCUGCAGCCUGGGAAACCACACGGGGAAACCACAGCUCACCCCUAGCAGGAGCUCGUUGCUGUUGGCCAGGUCCUCAGAGAAAAGCUGCUGGCCAAAGGCAGGAGCAUGGGGACGGUCAGGGUGGGAGGGAAAGACAGCAGAUCAUGCUGCUUUCAGGUGAUGUGGAUACUGUCUAGAGAAAGGGAGCACCAUGCACUGCAAGGUGUUGCUGAGUCUGGAGCAAGGCCAAUGGCUCCAGAUUGAUGCCAGUUUGACUGAGCCAAACCUACAUAACUCACUCAGCUAUGAGGUCCUUUGCCUUUGCCCAUAGCUCCUUCCUUCCCCUGGCCCCACACCAGAGUGUGCCCUGUGCCUCGUGGCCCUCCACCUGCUUCCCUUCCCCAUCCAUCGCUUUGGCGCAGGCUCUCAGAGUUAAAUCCCAACUAGAAGCACACCUUGCCAUGCAGUAUUUCAGUUGUGCAGGAUGUGAUUCAGCCUGGGAUCCAACCCUUUCUCUCCUGCUUGAGUGGCUGCAGUCUCUGCUGGUGCAUGUUGGGCUUCUAGACCAGUCUGAGCAUCUGUUUGGGAAGAGAUCCCUUGGAAAGGCUGAUGGGGAGGGCAGUGUUUGCAGCAGAUAUUCCUCAAUGAUGGUACCUCUUGUGCUAGGGACAUGCUGACCACUUUGGAGGGAUGCACAUAGACACCACUGGUGCCUGGGCUGUCACUGGCAUCAUCCCCACCACGUCUGUGGCUGGCAGUGCCUGCAGAGAUAGCUGUGAACCCCAAAAUGCCACAGCUCUGCCCUGGGGCCAGCAUUGAAGGCGAGAAGGGAACAUUGAUUGUUGUGGCCCUCAGGUGCAGAGCAGGGUGGCUUGAGGAGGGCUUGCAGGAGUCGGGCUGUAGGGCUUUCCUUGCUGCAGAGAGCUCAUGGGUCAUGCAGGCUUUGGGGAAGAAGUUUCCCCCUCCUCAGCUGUGUCUUACGAGCUCUCCCAGCCCUUGGUAAUGAUAGCUCCACAUCCCUCUGUGUAUUGGGGGGAACCUUUCGGGUUACAGUUUGUUGUGGAUGAACCAUAAGGAUGUUUUACUUCACAGUGUAAUUUUCAAAGGCCUCACAUGGCUCAUAAUCUACCCUCUCAUAUUCCAUGGGGUGUAUGUGUGUGUGUGUGUUUUCUCUCUCUCACUUUCUCAGAGUUGCAGAGCUGUUUUGAUUGAUUGUACUCAGCUGCAGCUAAAAGUCCAGCCAACCAGUUUAUAGAGUUAGUUCCAGCAUCAAUUCUCGCUUUGAAAAACAUGACAUUUAAAACCACCCUUUGGUUUUGCUACAUAUGGAUCUGAUGCUUUUGUUAAAGAUCCUUUUUGCCAUUUUUCUCCUGGAAUAUAAGUCUCAUUUGGACACCACAUCUCCUUGACCUCAGAGCACCUUUAUUUCAGUGCCAUUAUAAUUGACAGGUUGAAUUUAUGAGGUACUGUCGAAGUUCAGUAUUAACAGCAGAUAUUAAUGUCACCAGCAUUUUCCAAUAGAAAAUUAAUGUCAGUGUUGUCUGCAGCUAGUAACCCUCUGAAAUGAUUCCUGCAUGCCUCGACACUACAUGCUGAGUGCUGUCUUGUAUGCUUUCUGCUCUUGCAGUGCUUGGGUUGUCUAAUCCCUUUGUUUUAAUGCCAUUACAAUAGGGCAUGCAACAAAUCACUUCACUUCCCUCCUGAUUCUUGACUUUGUUCCUUUAAAAGUCAUUUACAUCAGCCCAGAGUGAGUGUGAAUCUGUAUGACCAGUGUGAAUGGAAACAGUGAUCUGAGUGAUCAUGGCUGUGGAAGGCAGUUGUGGCAGGAGAGAAGUGCAGAGGCUGACUGGCUGUCUCUGCAUCCCUUGUGACACAUGUGGACACAAAGCCACGACAAAUCCCUGUCCAGGAUUUUCUUAGAGAAAAAGCCUGAGGUAGUGUCCUCGGCACAGGGAGGAGAGCCAAAGACUCCUGUGUGCUUAAAAGCUCUGAAAAGAUGUUGGGCUACAAGAUGGAAAUCAGACUCUUUUCUCCUUCAUUUGAUUGUAACCUCUGAAGAUGAGAAGCUUUUGGUCAGAGCUUUGCUUGGCUGUCACAUGAGGUUGCAAGGACAGGCAUGGUUUCUCUGACAUUAAGCCUUUCCCCACAGCCAUGUCCCUUGAACUGCCAAGGUGUUGAGGCUUAAAGCUGUUCUUCAGAAAGCUCUUUUGUUUUCAGACAACACAGGACUAGGGACACUGUGCUAGAUUGUCCUGAGCUGGGACUUUUUAAACUGCAAAAGGAGGAGGUCUCAUGUCACAAACCUGAAACAAACCCAAAACACACCAGGGAGCAGAGAGGAGAGAAAAGCUGUUCGAAGCUCAGCACUGAGCUGUGAUCUGGACCAGCUUGUGAGGGUGAAUUCCAGCACAAUUAGCCAUUUGCAAGGCAGGGAGGGCCUCUCUGCUCUGCCAUAGGCAGUGGUUAUCCGGCUGCAUGAAAGAGGCACAGCCCUUCACUCUGGCAGGCAAUGGGGGACCACUCGGGCAUGAUGCUCAUCCUCUGAUUUCCUCCUCUUGAUGUUCCUGCAACCUCCUGGAUGCUGGUGGCCUUGCCAUCUCUAAAGCUCUUGAAGUAUCACUGCAGGAAAGCCAUUUUCUGGGUCCUCAAGAGCCUACUGGUCCCUUAAAGCUGAAAGAGGAGCUGGAGGGCAUUUGCUGUUUGUAGAGGCCAGGUUUGUGCUGCUGCAGUGGGUGAAAUGCCCAUCUUUUCUGGAGUUUUUCCAGGUGUACAAAACUUUACACAGAUAUCUAUGUACUGUAUUUCUGCUUCUUUCCUGCUUUUUGUCAGGUUUACUGGCACGGAAGGAGGCGCUUCAGGCUUGUUAAAUAAUGAGGCAGGGGAGCAACAUUUCUGGGGGCAGCUGGCCUCCCCUGCGUGAUGGAGGAGGCAAUUGGUGGGUCACUACUCAGAAAAAAAACGUCUAAAACAAGAGAUGCAGUUGGGUUUCCAGCUCUUCAGCAGGUGCAGAAGGAGGUGGCAGUGUGCCUGCUGGGUCAGUGCUAGCUGCGCUUUGUCUCGGCUGGAAGGGGCUGCCAGGCCCCUCGCCCACGCAGCACAGCAGUGCCUGGGGCUGAGGGAGGCAGAGACACUGGCAUGCACAGCCUCAGCUGGGAUUUCUCCAUGCUUGCUGCAAGCUAAGUAUCUACCUGCACAUUUGCCUUCUCUCCUAGACAUUUUGGAAGAGGAGCUCCUGCUCGGUCAGCGCAGCAUUGCUUUAGUGGCUGGUCUGAUGUAGUUCAGACAAGGUUCCCACCAGCUUCCUUGUUUAACAGACCUCUUUUUUAUUAAAAACAAGCCCCAAACUCCUCUCUCAGAAAAGCCAGCCAAGAUGCUCUUUUUUUUUUUCCCCUCUCUUCCAUCUUGUUCCUCUUAGAGGAACUCUGGGAGCCUGUCUUGGUGCUUCCACUCUUUCACAUGCCAAAGAUUGCUACAUCCCUCUUAGUUACGCUCCUGCCAAACCAGAUCUUAUAGUCUUGCCUCAAAAAUCAUCCACUUCCCUGCUCCUUGGGGUUCCUUUUGUUGCUGUUGCUUUUUCAUUGAAUUUCCUCAUGUUUAUUGACAUGUCUAUUGUUGAGCUUCCUGGACACAUGCAGCUCUCUUUUUCAGAUACAGAGAAAGACAAAUAGUUGUCUUUGCUGCUCUGCCUGUGCUGUUGGGGAAAUACUGUUAGUGAUAUGAUUCCUACAGAUGAGGAUGGGUCUCAUUUUAGAGCUAGGGUCAUGGAGGGCGUCAACUGGUAUUGCUCCAUUGGUUUGGCUGGAAUAAAGCCAGUUUUGUCUGUCUGAGAAUCUGUCCUUAAUGUCUAAACAGUUAUUACACACUAAUAAAGAUUAAUGAUUGUAAAUCCCCGUGGAUUAUACAUAAAAUGGCAGGUUUUACUCAUUAAUCUUUAUUGCCAUAUUAUAGCUGUUUAUAUGUUAGAGGAGUCGUCUCUCUCAAUUCUGAACAUGCACUUAGGAGAUGGAGGUUGAGCAUGGGGGGAGAUGAAGGGUGGACAGAACAGACCAGAUGUCCACGUGUUUUACAGUCUGUGUCCUCCCCUCAAAUUGGUUGUUUCCUUGAAAGCCAUUAAGCAGCAGCAAAGGAUGUAUCACAGAGCUUUGUCUGCUUUGCUGGCCUCUGCCUGAGCUAUAAAAUCCAGAUUGUUUCUGGUGAGAAGGGAUCAGAUCCCCUAAUUAAUUUUUCAGCUCAGCUUUUACUGGAGCAGAUGGAUAAUAUGAAAUUUGACAUGUGCCCUGGCAGGCCAGAGCUCUGCAGUGUAGUGAGAUUUGCUCUCCUGGACUGGCUAGGAGAGAGACUUUCUGUGCAGUAGGCAGCUAUGUAGCAGGUUGAAAGGAUGCUGCUCCUUCACAUAACCCCACACCAUAAACCCAGAUGAUUUUGUUAAUAAAGGAGGCCAGAAAAAGCUCAGUUGAAUCUCAGCUUCUAUGUGUUUUCAGAUUGAUGUAGCCACAGCUGGGAGCGGGUGCUGCCAGUGGUCAUGACACAAAGGUUCACGUGCUGUAUAAAUGCAGAGGACUCUAAAGACUGAGUAAGCUGCAAGGGUGAUUUUAAUGGCAUAGGGACAAAGUGAGUCCUUUGAUAAGCAACUGGUGUCAGUCCACUCUGCCAAGGAAAGCCUGGAGUUGAAGGCUAGAAGCAAAAAGAGUGGGCCAAAGGGACAGCCACAGACUUGACUCUCACCAACCCAUGUGAGAGCAGCCUGUCUCCUCUUCAGGCCCAGAUUUGUAGGUAAUGAGUUUGCUCACAAGUCCCUGAGUGCCUCUUCAUCCCUUCUCCUGGUAAGAGAAACAAAAUCUAAAACCCCAAAGAAACCCACAGGGGAGAAGAGCAAGUUGAGCUGGUGCUUGGUGCCUGCUGCAUGGCCUUGUGCAUUGCUGCUUCCCUGCCGGGCCGUGAGUGAGACUCCAGCGAUGGGGAAAGCAUGGGGAAAGCCUCUGUAGCUGAGAAAGAAGAGGAUAAACAUUUUAAGGUGAUCUCUAACUAGCCUAAUGGUGCAAACAGCUAAUUCAGAAGCCACAGGGAUAAAUGAAUUCUUCAGGGGCCUGUGCAGCCGGCAGUGCCGUUCCACUGGGAACGAUUUUGGCUGCGUGGCGUUUAUCUUGUGGCCUCCUUUAGUGCACUCCUGGGUUGCUAGAAAGCUCUUCACCUCCAUUGACACGUCUCAGGCACCUUUACAUUUUGUAUUUUCCUGUCUGGGAUUUUACUAGCAGCCUUUUUUCUAGGCGGUUGGUCAGGGAGAAAGCAAGAGAAGUGGUCAGAGUGAUAGGCAAGGGAAAGGGGCUUCCAGCCAGCUCUCCACAGAGCAAUCUGGGAGAGGAAGGAGCUGCCUCUCUGUUACCCAGUGCCUGCUUAAUGGCUCACUACCUAAGCUGCAGUUAUCCAGCUGAAGCAAGAGCUUCUUCUGUGCUUUGUUGCAUUAAAACCCCCUUUCUGGAAGGGGAGCAGCUGUGGAGUUGCAGCUCCAAGGUGCCUUUGCUCUGGCCAGCAGCGGGGCUGUGGGACAGGCCGCAUUUCCUUCCUCGAAAGGCUCUUGGUUUUCUCUAAACGAUGGGGCCAAGGCCCAGCAGCCGCGAGGUACCGCGAGGAUAAGCCGGGAAAAGCUUGGAAACCUCUACAACGCCCUGGAAAUAGAGAUGGAAAUCUCGAAAGAUCAGACAUCUUUCGGCAAUUUCCAAAGCUGUGUGGUUUUAGCCAGACUGAAAACCCUUCCUAGAAGUUGAUUUCAGGGUAUUUUGAUCCGUUACUUUCGCUUUUGGGCCUAGCUAAAUCCAGGAAACUCAGAAUGGUCUAAUUUUAAAGUAGAAGAGUGAACACACCCCAAGUAUUAGUGAACCGAUAAGGAAACGUUCCUGUUUGGUUUCUCUUACAGGAAUAACUCAGGCCAGCUCAGGCUUUAUCCUACUUCAGCCUGGUUUUGCCUCAGAUAAUUAUUAUUUUUGAGGAAAUAAGAGAUCAGACCACAGCCUUUCCAAAGUGCUGUGACCCUUCACACAAGGGUAUGUGUACAGUUGUGCCAGGAGGCGGAUGGAAAGAAGUGCUACAGCGAGAGGCGGCCAAUGUCUGAUGGCUGGAAAGAGCAGUCUGGCAGCAAGCGUGCCCAUGGCCUCCAAAAACAUAGGUAGAUACAGUUUCCCCAAGGGAUUGUGUGAUGGAGGUAUCAGGGUCUGCCAUGUCUCGUUUUUUUCCCCUCUAGUGAAGAACAUUCAGCCAUCUCAGAGUGUCCUGGAACAAUAUCUGAAAGCCUUUGGUAUUUCUCAGCUCCGUUGUAUGGGGUUUUUUUUUGGGGGGGGAUGAAUACUGUGAAAGGUCAGGAAGGGUCAGGUGUCCUUGAUUUACACAGACAAAGUACAGAGAGGUAGAUUAAAUGCCUCCCAAGAGCCAAAAAGGUGCAUUUGAAGAUAAAUUACAGUCUCUGACACAGCUGUUAAGCCAGGAUCAAAUUUUCACAUACACAGGUGCAGCUGCAGAAUUCUCUGUCCACAUUUAGCUCAGGUUUAGCUGUGAGUCUUGCAUAAAUAUCUUGUAGCAUUGACCAUUUGCUGAGCUUCUGGCAGACUGAGGGUCUACAGACAGAAAAAAACCCAAACCUGGUCAAAAUACAGUAUCACCAAACCCAAGAUACGGCUCCAAACAUUUCCCAUAUAAUCUACGUACGAAGCAAACUUCCAGAGCUCUGCCACUGUCUUGUUUCUUCCAUAAUUGUGAAUGGAGUGGCUGGUGCUUGGUGGCAGCUGUCACUGUGCCAGUCAGGCUGCUGGAGAUAGUCACAACAUAGAAAAUAGUCGGAAUUAUGCAUUUAUUUUUCAAUAGCAAUGAAUAGGGGUUGGGGGGGAGCUGCUGAAUGUAGCUUCUUGCAAACUGGAAAUGUGUUGGAGUAAAACUUGUCAUUUCUCAGAGGGAAAAAAAACCAACCCAACUGUCUAAAAAUAUUUGAAAUCUUCAGUUGAAGGAAUUACAGUUUUACUGGCAAACAUCCAUGUUUAGCUUCAAUAUAUAUGACAUUUCUGGAGUUUCUGUCUUAAGAUGUGAAAUCUGCUUUUUCUUGAGAGGGCAAUAAGUUUUUAACAAGGACGUUUCUGCACCCUUUCAGCUAGAAAAAGAGGGGAAAAAAAAGAUAGGAGCAUAAUGGAAAAGCUGCCACACUUCCCAAUGAUCUGCUGGAGCUGGAGAGGGCACAGGCAAAGCCCGUGUGAGAAAAGAGAAGGCUUUCCAACCUGCUGUAAUGCUAGUCCUUAAUUGGCUUUAGGUUUUCUUCUUACAGUAGCAUCAUUUGUUUUGUAACUGUGAAAGUCUCUGCUUUUCCUUAUGUGUGGAAGGCUGACUAUUCCUUCUCCUGUUCUUAUUAUUUAUUGUUUAUCCCUUUCUGGUACUAUCUCAGAUGUGCUGAAGGUAUCUCCCAGCCUGCCCUCGAGCUGUAAGGAGUCACUGUAGUACCUCCCAACAACUGGGAUGGCCAGUGGCAGUAGAUGCCUAAUUAUUAUGUUAAAUGCUAGCAACUUAGAUUUUCUUUCAGUGACCUGGUUUGCUCUAGAGUUAGGGAUGAGGAUAACAAGUCUUUUUUCCAAAAAAGCCCAUUUUUUCCAAUGUUUCUGUAGACAUCUGGGAGGUUUCUGAGUAACUCAACUCUUGUUUUUAAUAGGAAAAGCACCAGAUGGGUUGUAACUGUUGCUUCGAGGGGGGAUUGACUAGCAUCAGGGUUCAGUUUAACUGGUGAAAAUGCUCUGUGUCACACAUCACUAACCAAAUCUGGUUUGUGAUGCUCUUGGCUUGGCCAAGGCUCAUGCCAGGCUUUUCUAUCCCCAGUUUUUGGGGAGUUUUCCUUUAGCCCUCGAGCCAAUGACAGUCAGGGUUGCCAGGAUGGCUUCGAAGCAGGGCUGAGGGCUACCCAGACAACCUCUGGCCAAAUAUCUGCUCUGGGUAUGGGGGACAUGAGUCCUACAGGGAUAAUGGAACAACUAAUGAGCUCCUGCUUCUUGCUCUGUAAAAGACAUUGAGGUGAAAUCCCUGGGUGACCCGCAUGAGACAAGCAGGACCGAGGGCUCAAGCAGAUCAGCUUUUUGUUCUUUUCAUGCCCUUUCUCCCCUUUGCCAAGGUGCCUUCCUCGCUGCUCUGCUCCUUCAAAAGCCUCCCCAGACUUUCUGAUAAAGAAUGCUGUGACAGUGCAUCUGUUUUCAAACAGCUUGCAUUGGUUUUCUGGUUUGUUUUUACUUCCCCCUAUGUAUAAGAAAUGUUGGGUAGCAGAAUGUGGAAUUCAUUAGAAGUUCAUAAAGCAGGGACCUCAGAAGGAUGUGGGUAUAAAUGCUUUUCAGGCAUCUGAGGUGAACUUUAAAUGGAGCUUUGGCCCUCAUUUGCUUUUUGCUUUUCAAAAACCAUUUAUGAGAAAGUGGAGCUGUCAAAGCCAUGCGUGAACUUUGCCUUCUUGCAAAUAACUUGUCUCAAAGUAAACUGUCAAAAUGCACAAGAAACUCGUCUCAAAAGUAAAUCCAGUAGCUCUACAAAGCUGGAAAUGUGUGUGCAUUAGAGUGUGUGUGUGUGUGUGUGUGUGCACGUGCUGUGCAUGGGUGGGCGGAGUGAGCAGCUCGACCAUUUUGGAGAUGUAAAAAACACAAUGCAAGUGUUCUUAAAAAAGGCAACGUUAAAUGUUUAUUUCUUGGCAAAAGUACAUCAGACCACAUCUCCCAUCCUUCUUUUAAUUGCUUGGUGUUUGUUUUUGUUGUCUUAAGUCUUUGCUGGCCUGUUUUCUCUGCAGUGCUCAGUGCUCCUCAGCAGCCCGUAACCUCACACAACCCCUCUCGCAGCGAGGGAGUGCGUGGCACGGGGGAGCUCACGGGAGCACAGGCAUCAGGAAGAGCACUGGGGUGCACAUGGGUGGGAAGAACGGAAAAGGUAGUGUCAGAUGAAAAGGGCAGCACAAUGCAACGGGAGUCAUUUUUGAUUUUUGGCCUUGUAGAGGAAACUGUUCUCAUGAGAAUCAAAACUGCCCACAUCCUAAUGCAAGAGCCAGGAUCACAGCUUUGGGGGAGGGUGAAUUGGGCCAGAGAUAGCAGGCUCUGAGAAAGAUUUCCCUGGCCUUGGCUGGUUCUUGUGAACACGUACUAGUGGUAGAUUUAAAAGAAAUGAAGUGCUGUCGUCUUUGUGAGAUGGCACCCAAGUUCUUGUCAGUGUUGGUGAAAGUCCCCUUCGGCUUUGCCCAGGUUUUGUGGCAGGACAGAGCCAGCAGCCAGGAAGCUGUGCCACCUCUCACUCACAGCUCCUGUUUCUCUCUGCAACCAGAUGAAAUUUCAUCAGCCAGAUAUUGCAGAGCUCACAGGGUCCUCCAUGCACUUUGGGGGUCACCCAGCUGCCCUCCUGUACGACUCCAUGGCCGCUCUGGCUGGAACACUUCUCCUAACCUGUGUUGUCUUCGUUCAUCUCAAAGCCAUUCCUCGUACUCUGAGGAUGAUAAACAAUAGGAGACUGACAGUAGGGCCGUGUGUGUAAUGUUAGAUGGGCUUUUAUUUAAUGUUGUUGUCGUUUUAAUGAGAUGCUUUUAGGAUCCGUGUUGUACUGGAUUAAGGAUAUUGGUGGGACAACUGAACUGGUGUUCUUUAACCCUGACUGCCUCAGAUCCUUUCACUCCACUCUCUGUUUAAAAAAGAAAAGAAAGAUGAUUGGAAGAAUAUAUUUAACCUGAAAAAAACCCCAAAGCAAGCCCAAACUGAUGGAAUGAGUUAAUCUUCUUUACUACACUUGGAUUUUAUUUCUCAGGAUACCCAAAGGUUUAUCACUGCUGCUGAGAGAAGGGGACAGUACACCUUUUUGAAACUUCAACCACUGUAACCAUUUUCCAGCUCUGUGUGUGAGUGUGUGUGUGUGUGUGUGGGUGGGUGUGUGUCAAACUCAGCACUGUGUGUGUGUGUGUUCUGCUGGAUAUUGUGUGCAUCAAUGAAAUGCUUCAAACAACUGCCUGGAAGUCAAAACCAACCACCUCUUUCCAGUCAUAUGUUUGCCGUGACUUUUCAUAACCACACUUGAACUAGUGGUCUUGGAUUAAAUAUUCAAAGAGCAGGGCAUCUUUAUAGCAAUGGUAUGUCAGUCAGAUUAAGGAAAA